AUGGGCGCCACCUGCUUUUUCGGUGGGGGUGUGACUGCCUUGGCAGGCUUGUUGCUCUUGUCUUUCGGCAGCUUGGCCACUAACCAGACGGAGGAUCAAGCAGAACAGUUCUUUAGAAGUGGCCACACAAACAACUGGGCUGUUUUGGUGUGUACAUCCCGAUUCUGGUUUAAUUAUCGACAUGUUGCAAAUACUCUUUCUGUUUAUAGAAGUGUGAAGCGGCUAGGUAUUCCUGACAGUCACAUUGUUCUGAUGCUUGCAGAUGAUAUGGCCUGCAACCCCAGGAACCCCAAACCUGCCACAGUAUUUAGUCACAAGAAUAUGGAACUAAAUGUGUAUGGAGAUGAUGUGGAAGUAGAUUAUAGAAGUUAUGAGGUAACCGUGGAGAAUUUUUUACGGGUAUUAACUGGGAGGAUCCCACCUAGUACUCCUCGGUCGAAACGUCUUCUUUCUGAUGAUAGAAGCAAUAUUCUUAUUUAUAUGACAGGACAUGGUGGAAAUGGUUUCUUGAAAUUUCAAGAUUCUGAAGAAAUUACCAACAUAGAGCUUGCAGAUGCUUUUGAACAAAUGUGGCAGAAAAGACGCUACAACGAGCUACUGUUUAUUAUUGAUACUUGUCAAGGAGCGUCCAUGUAUGAGCGAUUUUAUUCUCCUAACAUAAUGGCUUUAGCUAGUAGCCGUGGAGAAGAUUCACUCUCGCAUCAACCUGAUCCUGCAAUUGGAGUUCACCUUAUGGAUAGAUACACAUUUUAUGUCUUGGAAUUUUUGGAAGAAAAUCCAGCUAGCCAAACUAAUAUGAAUGAUCUGUUUCAGGUGUGUCCAAAGAGUCUAUGUGUGUCUACUCCUGGACAUCGCACUGAUCUUUUUCAGAGGGAUCCUAAAAACGUCCUAAUAACGGAUUUCUUUGGAAGUGUACGGAAAGUGGAAAUUACAACAGAGACUAUUAGUUUGGCAGCCGGAUUUAGGAAUCAUGGAAGCAGCUCUAAGGAAGACUGGAUGGAUGAUGAGAAACUAAUGGAACCCCUGAAAUAUGCUGAACAACUUCCUGUAGCUCAGAUAAUACACCAGAAACCGAAGCCAAAAGACUGGCACCCUCCUGGGGGCUUUAUUCUGGGGUUGUGGGCCCUCAUUAUCAUGGUUUUCUUCAAAACUUAUGGGAUCAAGCACAUGAAGUUCAUUUUCUAGACGUGAUGUUCAAGGAAAACUGCAUGGAAGAUUACAUACAACCUUGGAUAAAAAUUUAUGUCAUAUCUUUUAAAAAUGUAUUGCUCUUGUGUGAAUUGGCAAGAAGUAUAAAGAAACUAAGUUUGGUGAACUAUUACUUUUUAACUUAAGAAUAAUUAUUAAUGUAAGUGCUAAAUGGCAGUGUAUCUAUUUCUGUUUUUCCUUUGGUGUAUUAUUAAAAAGAUCAGAAUGUACUCAUUAACUCUUUUUGAAAAUAAGAAUUUCCUUUUUACCUCUUUUCAUUUGGAAAAGAAAAAAAAUGUGAAGACAUUACGUUCUCACCAGCAGCAGAGGUAACUUCCGAUAGUGUUUUUGUGUAUGUUCUCCCAGUCUGUUUUUCCGUGUACUUAUUUUCUUUCUAAAAUAGAGGUCCUAUAAAACAUACCAUUUUGUAACUUCACUUUUCAUUUUAUAGCACGUUAUCAACCCUUCUCCUCUCCUUGGAUAUUCUUCAGGAACACAUCGGGAAAGGCCGCAGAGUACCUAUUUUAUGAAUGUACUGUAAUUUAUUUAAGUGUCCUUUUGUUGGACCACUUACCGUGUUCCUCAGAUUUUCCUUUCCUUCAUUAUUUACUGUGUGAAUAUUUUACUGUCAGUCACCAAUGGAAUUCUGUAAGUUUAAGUAUACAUACGUAUGAAAAAUUAGCUUAUCUAUGGUACUGACAGUCUUUAAGACCUUAUUGCUGUCAGUUUAUCUGGAAAACUUAAGACCUUUGGGAAUUUCACAUAUUGACUGCUCAAGAGAAACAGACCCUGUCAUUUUAUAUUUCUAAGCAUUCAUUCAUUCUCUGAUCCCCCAGAAUUGAUCACUUUUGCUUUAGUUUCCAUAGUCAAAGGGACAUUU